AAAGUAAACAAGGCUUUACUUUAUCUUCUUCAAACUAAAUAAAUAGUUCGUUAAUUUUUGACAUGAGUUUUUUAUUCUCGUCAAAUGUGGAGGUUUCAAUUCAGUUGGAUGGCCAGGAGAGUAGAAAGAAGGCCGAGAUGAAGGUAGAUGAAAACAGGAAAGACAGUUAUCUGAUUUAUUACGACGGUGAAAGUGUCACUGGAAAGGUGAAUGUUGUUUUCAAGAAAAAUGGAUCUAAACUUGAUCACCAUGGAAUAAAAAUUGAAUUUAUUGGACAGAUAGAACUCUUCAAUGACAAAAGCAAUCGCCAGGAGUUCUCCUCAUUGGUCAGGGAGCUAGCCAAUCCCGGUGAACUCACACAAAACACCAGUUACCCAUUUGAAUUUUUACAGGUUGAGAAACCUUAUGAGUCCUACCAAGGUACUAACGUUAAACUAUGUUAUUUCCUCAGAGUAACGGUUGUAAAACGCUUGAGUGACAUUGUGAGGGAAUUGCCCAUAUGCGUGCACACCUUGUCGCACUACCCCGACACUAAUUGCUCGAUCAAGAUGGAAGUCGGCAUCGAGGACUGUCUGCACAUCGAGUUUGAGUAUAGUAAAUCAAAAUACCACUUGACGGAUGUUAUAGUAGGGAAGAUUUACUUUAUAUUAGUGAGGCUGAAGAUAAAGCACAUGGAGAUACAGAUUAUUAAAAAGGAAGCCGUUGGUUCAGAGACCAACCCUUUGGUCGACAAUGAAAUUCUCACAAAGUUUGAAAUCAUGGACGGAUUGCCUGUCAGAGGUGAGUCAGUCCCCAUCCGUUUGUUCCUCAGCGGCUACGACCUGACUCCUACCAUGAAGGAUAUCAACAAGAAGUUCUCCGUCAGGUAUUUCAUCAAUCUUGUCCUCAUCGAUGAAGAAGAUAGGAGGUACUUCAAGCAGCAAGAGAUAACACUCUUUAGAAAAUCAGACAAACUUCGAAAAGUAUUACAACAACAACAGCAGCAGCAGCCGGAGAUGCAAUCGCAGCAAGCAUCGUCAUUGUCGUCGCUGCUGACGACUUCAAGUACGUCAUCACAACAACAACAACAAAAUUUACCCAGUAAUAGUAGCCUGACGGAUAAGACGUCUUAUAAAUCAAAAGUCUCUCUACCAAUCUCAGAUUCGAAUAUUAGUAGCGACAAGAACAACAACAACAAAAAUGGCAAUGAUGAUAACGAUGUCCGUGACGUGAGCGGUCUUGAUAAUGACGUCAUUCCGGAAGAUGAUGAUGAUGAUGACAUUAAUCUGUUUGGCGGGGGUAGUAGUAGUAGUAGUACUGGGGGUGCUAAAAAAUCUAAUAAUGUUAAUAAAGAAGUUGUUGGCUGAUUGGUCGGUCGGUUGGUUGGUUGGAUGA